GCGGCCCGGUGGGCGCGCGCCAGGCCGGCGGGCACAGCCAUGGCGGCGGCGGCCGAGCGGGGCCGCCUCAGCUUCCCCGGCGGCGCCGGGGCCCUGGGGCGGCCCGUGCCUAUGAACCUCUUCGCCACGUGGGAGAUCGAUGGCUCCAGCCCCAGCUGCGUCCCCAGGUUGUGCAGCUUGACAUUAAAGAAACUGGUAGUCUUAAAGGAAUUGGAUAAGGAGCUUAUUUCUGGGGUCAUUGCUGUCAAAAUGCAGGGCUCCAAGCGCAUCCUGCGGUCUCAUGAGAUUGUAUUGCCCCCGAGUGGACAUGUGGAGACGGAGCUUGCACUGACCUUCUCGCUGCAGUACCCUCACUUCUUGAAGAGAGAAGGCAACAAGCUUCAGAUCAUGCUGCAGCGGCGGAAGCGCUACAAGAACCGAACCAUUUUAGGCUACAAGACUCUGGCUGUGGGGUCUAUCAACAUGGCUGAGGUCAUGCAGCACCCAACAGAAGGUGGCCAGGUUCUCAGCCUUUUCAGCAACAUCAAGGAGGCUGCAGUGAAGGUAGCAGAAAUCUGGAUCUUCUCCUUGUCCAGCCAGCCAAUCGACCAUGAAGACAGCACCAUGCAGGCCAGCCAGAAAAUCAAGUCUACAGACAACUAUUCCGAGGAAGAGUACGAGAGCUUCUCUUCUGAGCAGGAGGCCAGUGAUGAUGCCGUGCAGGGCCAGGAUUUGGAUGAUGAUGAGUACGAGCUGGGGAAGCCCAAGAAGCAGCGGAGAUCGAUAGUAAGAACGACGUCCAUAACCAGGCAACAAAACUUCAAACAGAAGGUUGUGGCAUUGCUGAAGAGGUUUAAAGUGUCUGAUGAGGUUCUGGAUUCAGAGCAGGACCCAGCAGAGCACGUUCCAGAGGUGGAGGAGGAUUUGGACCUUCUGUAUGACACGCUGGAUAUAGAGAACCCCAGUGACAGCGGGCCAGAAAUGGAGGAUGAUGACAGUGUCUUGAGCACUCCAAAGCCAAAGUUAAAACCUUAUUUUGAAGGACUGUCACACUCCAGCUCUCAGACAGAAAUUGGUAGCAUCCAUAGCAUCAGGAGCCAGAGAGAGCCAUCAAGUCCUCAGGUAGAAGUGCCUGAAAAGACAAAGAGUCUUGGAACCAAACAUACAGGAGACAGUAUUUCUGACACUGUCCCUUAUGAGUCUAACCAGCAAGCUGAGGUCCAGGAGGCUGAACUGCCCACACCAGAUGUGUUUGUUGAGAAGCUCCCACCCAGCGGGAAGAUCACUAAGACAGAGUCCCUCAUCAUCCCGUCCACCAGCAGGUCUGAAGGGAAGCAGACGGGGCGUCGGGGAAGAAGCACGUCUCUGAAGGAGAGGCAGCCAGUGAGGCCACAGAACGAGAGAGCCAACAGCCUGGACAAUGAGCGCUCUCCAGACACCCGCCACCACUUACAGAUCCCCAGGAAAACAGUGUAUGAUCAACUAAAUCACAUCCUGGUUUCCGACGACCAGCUGCCAGAAAACAUUAUUCUUGUCAAUACAUCUGACUGGCAAGGCCAGUACCUAUCAGAUGUCUUGCAAAAGCACACGUUGCCAGUGGUCUGUACAUGCUCCUCCGCUGAUAUUCAGGCAGCUUUCAGCACUAUUGUCUCCAGGAUACAGAGAUACUGUAACUGCAAUUCACAGCCUCCAAACCCAAUUAAAAUUGCAGUGGCAGGAGCCCAGAAUUACCUCAGUGCUGUAUUGAGGCUCUUUGUAGAGCAACUGUCUCACAAAACUCCCGACUGGCUCGGCUACAUGAGAUUUUUGAUCAUCCCUCUAGGCUCUCAUCCAGUGGCCAAGUAUCUGGGGUCUGUAGAUUAUAGAUACAACAACUUCUUCCAAGAUCUAGCCUGGAGAGAUCUGUUCAACAAACUUGAAGCACAGACCACUGUUCCAGAGGCGCCCGAUGUUGUCUCACGGAUAACGCAGUACAUAGCAGGGGCAAACUGUGCACACCAGUUGCCCAUUGCUGAAGCCAUGCUGACAUACAAACAGAAAAGGAAAAAGAGCUUUCAUUUUGAUUUUACCUUAAGCCCUGACGAAGAAUCUUCACAGAAGUUCAUUCCCUUUGUCGGGGUGGUGAAGGUUGGAAUAGUGGAACAAUCUUCUGCAACAUCAGGUGACUCUGAUGAUGCAGCUCCCUCAAGCUCCAGUGUCCUUUCUUCUACCCCACCUUCUGUAUCUCCUGCUGUGAAAGAAGCCUCCCCCACACCCCCUUCCUCACCAUCUGUUACAGGCAGCUUCUCGUCCUCAAGCCAGGGCCUCGGUGCUGAGUUGAUGGGCCUGCAGGUGGAUUACUGGAUUGCAGCUCCACCUGUGGAUAGAAAGAGAGACCCGGAGAAGAAGGACCCCUCCACUACCAAAAACACACUGAAAUGCACUUUCCGGUCCCUCCAGGUCAGCAGGUUGCCUGCCAGCGGGGAGAUUGCCACCACUCCAACCAUGUCCAUGACUGUUGUGACAAAAGAGAAGAACAAAAAAGUGAUGUUUUUGCCCAAGAAAACAAAAGACAAGGAGGUUGAGUCAAAGAGCCAGUGUAUUGAAGGAAUCAGCAGGUUGAUUUGCACAGCAAAACAUCAGCAGAACAUGCUGCGUGUCCUGAUCGAUGGGGUGGAGUGGAACGAUGUCAAGUUCUUUCAGCUGGCAGCACAGUGGUCCUCCCACGUCAAGCACUUUCCCAUCUGCAUAUUUGGACACUCCAAAUCUAACUUCUAGCUGUGCUCGGCGGAGGGACCUUCUACCUGUCCCAGGGACUGCACACCAGGAGCCAGGAACUGCGUGCCAACUCUGACUCGCGUCGCUCUGCCCUCUCCUGCAGAAUUAAUUACAGAUGUGCUUGGAUUACUUUUGAAUUACUUUUUUCUAUUAACUCUUAAGUUUACUACAAGGGAAGGAAACCCCUUUAAACAAAGGCAAAAAAACCCAGUCUUAAAUAUAGAUGUGCUGACAACAUGAAGUCGUGGGGGAGUUGGCAGGAGCAGGCAACCUGCCCAAGAACACCUACCACUUACAAGCAGAUAGCUGAAUAACUGCACUGCUUAUUAACCUGAGACCUCAUUGGUGUGAGUGGGCUGGGGGAGCCGUGGAUCAGCUCAAACGGAUUUUGCAGAAGAUCAUGUGUGUUACUGUACAUUUGGCCCCCUCCCUCUAUAUUUCUAGGAGAAAAGGGUGGCCGGUCUGUCUUCCUGCUGCCAAAGGAUGGGAGAUCAGCGAGUCUGGAGGGAGUUCAACAGUCCAGUUUGGAAAACAAACCACUUGCAUAGCUAGAGAGGUCUGGAGAGGGGAUCCCCUUUGGAGCAUGGAGCCUGCCAUGGGGACAGGCAGGUGUUUGUGCUGACAUGAUGCCUGAGGAGGGUUGGGCAGGAACAGGAAUUAGGGAAACACUAAGAAGAAAGAAACUCCAGUGUCCCAGGUCUGUGACAAUGACCAAACCAAACCAGUCACCAUGUCCCCACAGCUGGCUGUGCUGCAGAGGGACACCAUGUCAGUGGGGUCGCUGCUAUUUACAUACUCACACCAAUUAUUUACCCGUCAAUAAAACCUCGUCCAGCCUCUAAAGGGAAAGGAUUUUUUUUAACAGCUGCAGAUUUUUUUUAAUGCUUUCUAAAAAAAAUAAAAUAAAAUAAAAAAUAACAGGAAAAAAAUUAAUUUGCCAAAAAAAAAAAAAAAAAAGAAAAAAACAAACCCAGGAAGAUGAGCCGUUGUCUGUGGAGUGAUAGAUCACUGUAGUGGCUGGACUGGGAGCCAGCCAGGCGCUCUGCGUGUCCAGCUGCCUUCCUGUCCAUCUGUCCAACUGCACACAGGAGGUAGCGUGGGAUGCUCUGUCUGCUGCCUGCGUGUCCUGCCCUGACCACACUGUGCUCCCUGGAGCCUGCUGCCAUCUCCCUCCUGCACUGCCCCGCCUGGCUUCAGGACCCUUGUCCUCCAACACUCAGGAUCUCUCCUCAUGGGAACUGGAAGGAAUGUAACAGAAAUGAAGGGUGCUCAGGGCAGGCAGCCUCCUGUGGGCUUCUCUGGAGAUGGACAUUGUCCUUAACUUCUGCUUCCUGAAUAUUCUUCCCCACAAAUGUUUCUCGGUAGAUCACAUCCUUUCCCCAGCAGGAUAUGCUUUCUCUCUGGCACGGCUUUGCCCAUGGGUUGAGGCUUUGUGAGGGGUUUCAGCCCCAGGGUGCACAAUGGAAGCUGUCGUUGGGAUGUGAGGGAGGAUGAAGCCAGACAGGUUUUCUGUCCACUUUGAUCAGCAAGAUGUCCUGUGAGAUGGAGGACUGAGAUUUUAGGGUAUCUGUUGGCUUGGCUCUGGCUGCACUGAUGUUCAGUUUGUACACCUUGUUGCUGCCAGGGAUGCUCUUACAAGGAGACAGCAGGACAAAGGUGCUGCAGAUUGGGCCUUUUGCUCUCCAGGCUUCCCACAGCUUGCCUGGGAGCAGGUGGCAGGUGGGAUUUGGAGAGCAGAGUGUCCUUGUUGUGUGGAAGAACAGACGUCUCUGGCUUUUCAGGGUAAGAGCCUGAAAUUUCUGAUGGGUCCUUUUAGGUCCUACCCCUGUGGACAGGCCAGCUCUGGGAACAUUUCCAGAAGGCACUUUCUGAGAGCAGUAAUGCUUUUGAACCUUUUCUCUCUCUCUCUUUUUUUUUUUUUUUUUUUUUGUCUGAUCCCCUACCUUUGGGUUUUUAAAGGCUUGGGGCACCCGCUUUGUGCUGCGCAGCUCUGUGCAGGGCCCACGCGGGUUCUUUUGGGCAGGGCAGUGGUGGUGUGCUCUGAUGGGCCUUCUGCUGAUGGGGAGUGAGGAGUUACGAGGUGAGAGCUGCAUCUAGUGCCUGGCAGAGCUCACAGCAUGGGCUUCUUCACCGACUGAUUUCACAAAACCCUUUCCCAGCCCAAGUGCAACCUACUUGGCCAGGGGCUGGGUAUUCCCUUCAAACCACGCAGGGGAGGAGGAUACGGUCUCCUGCCCGGUGACAGGCUGCUGGGUAGGACAGAUUGUCUAGCUGCAAUACUCUGUGCCACAGGCAGGUCUGCCUGCUGGCUCUUGGCUGUGGCAGAAGUUUGGCUGUAGUUGGGAUCUGUCACGUCCCUCAGUUCACGUGUUUUUGGUUGACCUGAACUGGUGCUCCGGGACUGUAUAGCAUUGCCUAGCAGCGGCAGCAUGGCAUAUAAGCACAUCACUUCUUUAUCUUUAUUGAGGCUGCUGCAUCAGGAAAAGCUUUGUAAAGGAAAUCAGUCAGUUUGUGAUUUCUUCCUCAAGUCUCACGCUGGUGUGACAAGAGCCAUUGGGCUGGGUUCCAGCGUUGGGAGCCACACGCAGCCCGGGCAGCUCUGCUGGAGUGUGUUACUGCUGCAGAGCUGGGGUGGACUGACUGCAAUAACUUUGUUUACUGGAGGUGAGGGGAGAACCAUCACUGUGCUCCUCUUUGUAUUUCAACCUACUGUAAAGAAAAAACCAUGGUAGCUAGGACAGGAUUUCCAGGGUCCUGCCUAUCAAAUGUGUGUUGCCCUGCUGUACUCUCUGUGUGUGUGUGUUUGUACGUGUGAGAGAAACACUUCUGCUUGUUGCAUUUCAUGUUGGUUUGUGUUUUGGUCUAACUUUAUACAAGCAAAUUCAUUGGGAAACUUUCCAUACACCUGAGGGCUUGAGUCUCUGCCGGGUUUCUCCCCUGUGGAAUGCUGUUGUUGCUGUGAAAUGCAUCUUCCAUGCAAGAAAACAUCCUGAAGUCUCAACCUUGUCAUCCCAGAGGGAGUCCAGCAGUAGCAGGCUGGGCUUGCCUAGGGGCAGCUGUGUGCCCAGGGUGUGAAUGUGGUGUUUCCUGGCCCUGGAGGCAAGGGCUGGCCGUGAAGAUUUGGUGGUGCAGCUCAGAUCAGGCUGUUGUGCCCCUGUUGUUUCUCCUUGUAUCGUGUGGAGCCACUUUGUGCAGCUGUUUCUGUCCCUUAAUGGAAGAGGAACAGAUUUCUAUCUCUAAGGAAACUGUCAAAGCAUGUAUGUGGCUCAGACCUUUUUGGGAAGGGGCUUUGCACCUGGUGACACGAAUGAGUGACUGACCUCAGGUCUCCCACCCUCCCAGCUUCCCCAACAGUUUCUGGGGGGACCCUGCCGGGAACAAGCCCCACCAACCAGAGGGAUCCCUGCUGCAGAAGGAGAGAAAGCUGCUGGGGCAGCAAUGGGCCUGUCCCCCGCAGAGCUGUGCCAGCCUGUGGGGUUGGGUGAUUACAAGUCGGUGAGUGCAGAAGGAUGGCUUAGAGCCGAGACAGCACCACUCUGCCUUUGGCUCUCUAGAGUUUGGGUGGGGAAGGUACAUCUAAAAUGAAGAAAGGCAGUGGGGUUGUCUCCCAAGUCGGACUGGCUUUUGAGCUGUGCGGUCUGACAGCGAAGGCAGGAGCUGGGGUGGGCAGCAUCUGAGUGGAUCUCCAGAAGGGAGGUCCUCUGAAAGCAGUGUCCGUUCCCUGGUGUCCUUGUUCCUUUGUGUCCCAGAGCUUGCCCCUGCUCCCUGUGGAGCUUUUCUCUCCAGCUCCUCUGGCUGUGGCUUCUCAAAGCAGCCGGUUUCUUUUCCAGCUGCAGUUGGAGAAGGCCCCCGCCUUGCUCGGAGGUGAGCUCUCGGGAGCGGGCUCACUGCCGCGCCGAGCUGCGUGACGCUGACCUACUUUAACAGCACUGGCAAGGAGAUGAAAGAUGGCAGGGUUUUGUGGCAUUGUGUUGCACCUUGAGUGCUUCCUGGUUUUCUGGCUUAAGUUUCCUGGAGACAAAGGCUGGGCUUCAGCCCUGCCAGCGCUCAAGCAGGGCUGGCUCUCCUGUGGCGCUGGUGAUGUCGUGGACAUCUUGGGCGGUUGUUUUAGCUCAGUGCUGCAGUUCCCAUCCAGUUCAAUUGUUACCAUUUACACUGCAGUGGUAACUGCAGAGUUCUCCUUAAUUACACAUGAGUUUGGGGAGAGCCAUGGUCUCUUUGGCUGUGUUUUGCUGCUUUAAUUAGAACACAAGAUAAAGCUUGUGGCUUUAUCCUGCAGAGAGGGCAGGGGUAGGUGGCUGGGAGGUUUCUGGGGCUGAGGAGAUGUGCCUGUUUGCUUUCCAUCAUCAAAUUCAGCCAAAAACUACACUGCCCUGUGCUUAACCUGCGAUUGCAGCACAGGUCCUGUUGUGUUUCUCACCAGCAGUGUGAGCUGGAGAGAGCACAGCAGAGCCAGGGCAGAGGGCAUUGCAUCUGGUAUUUCCAAGUUAAAGAAGAAAAUCCUGUCAAAAGGCAGCAGAGCUGGUGGCCUUCUCCUGCUGCUUGGUGUGCUGAGGGGAUUGGAGAGGCUGGGAUUAGGACAGUCCUGCCAUGCAGUGGUAAUGGACUGGGGGUCCUGGAGCUUUCUUGAAGCAAGGUAGGGUGCAAUGCCUCUGUCGCCUUCGGCGUGGGCGGUCUCGAUCUCAGCUGAUGGCUGUAUGGUAGUGUUUAGUGUAUCAUCUGGGCUUACCUGGCAGGAAAGGGCCAGAAAUGAGCACCUGCAGGUUUCCUGGAGCCUCUUCAGCAGUGUUGCCAUGGGAGAUGUUCCUGGCAGGGCUGGCUCCUGCAGGAUCACUUGGGUGCUUUGGGACAGACUGGGACGAAAGGGGAUGUGCCACUUGCAAAGCAGCAGGUCACUGGCUUCCUUAAGGAAGAGCACCAGUUUGGGGCCACAUCCAGGAAGCUGCUGCUUGGCUCCUUGGCCGGAGAGCUGCCAGGGUGCAUUGCCUGCCCGGCUGUGUGUAUGUGGUGGCUGUGGGGAAGCGCCCUGUGAGCACAGUUCCUGGGGCUGCGUGCCGCCAGGCUUGUCCAGACCAGGACAUUACCACUUUGUAGAUUCUCGAGUUGUCCAUCUGUUUCAUUGUUGUAUUGUUUGGGUUCUAGGGUUGUUUUUUAUGAAGACAGAUUACAUGUAAAUAGCCUUUUUUGGAACAAACUGCAAUGUGCUCGACCUCGUCAACUAUUUUAUGGUACUAAUGCAACACUAAUAAAACUGGACAUGAAAGCACA